UCGAAACAUCUGUUUAGCGGUUUCGGCGGCGCGUGGGAUUGAGUCGGAAAGUGUAAUGUGGAAUUUGGUUCUUAUUUGUUAGCAUACGAAUUAAUUGCCUCUCCCGUCUUUUAUAAUCAUGUCGGAAGAAAUGGCAAAGAGUGAGGACAUGUGGACUCCAUUUAAAGAGUUGCAGACUAUAGUGGAAGCAGUUGUUUCCAGACCUGUUCAAGGUGUACUCAAGCAGGUGGAAGGUAUCCUUCGGAAACACAAACAGAAUUUCAUCGCCCUGCUUAAGAAUCCACCAAAGAGUGCCAAGAGUCGUGAGGAAUUGCGCAAAGGGAUUACUGAAGGCAUUUCAUUUCCUGGCAUUGGACAUCAGAUUUUGUCUAAAGAACUGGUGGAUGAAGCAAUCAUCAUAUCAGAUAUGUAUGAACUGAAUGAGUAUAUGGCUCUGGAUCUUCUUUGCACUGCCCAACAACAAAUGCCAUAUCAUCCUGGACUGACACGUGGUUUGGUAGCAGUACUGCUAUAUUAUGAUGGCCGUAAAUCAAUUACAACAGCACUUCGUGCACUUGUUCAGGCCCGGAGAGGCAUCUCUUGGACCUUAGAGUCUUCUGAAGAAGUGGUGACGUACAUUACUCAGUACACCCAAGAGCUUAUGGAAUAUGGCCUCAUCAAUAAGAUUUUAGAGUUGCUGCAAACACUGGACCUGUCAAAGGAGAUUGAGUUACUGCAGCAGAACCGGGCACUUGGUGGUCCUCGUCAUCACCGUCAAGUGGAAGACUUGUUUCUAGGCAUUCGGCAGACACUUGCAGAUGUUGUCUAUUACUGGGCAGCCCAGUGUGGUCUCCCCAAGGACCCUACCUUCAAGUUGAUAAAUCAUUUGAAAACUACAACUCUGGAGGAAGAUGCUGCAGGAGGGAUUGAUAGUGUGACCCUUGGCCUGGUAAUGGCUUUGAUGUAUGCCCUCGAUUUGAGCAUUCUUCAGCGACGAGAGGAUGGAGAAAAACUGGUGCAGAAAUUGCCACUCAUAGCAGAACCAGACUUUAUCACAGGUUUGAUACGUGAACUGUCCCCUUCUGGUAGAAGUUGGGAAUGCUCAGGCCUACAGGCAUUGGCAAAUCUUGCCUGGGGUCUAGCUUUGGCCACUCUUCAUAUGGCACCCCCACAUCUCCAUCCAGCAGAAGGUAUUGUUGAUGAAGAUGAUUUGCUUGUGGAUGCAGCUAUUGACUUGAAAGUGUUUGACUUUCUUCAUCAUACAAUUCUAGAGAAUGAGGCCAUUUAUAAAGAGGAAUUCUAUAUAAGACGGCUGCAUUGCUUGUUGACUGACUUUAUUGUGUUGAUGCCUCUAAAGCUGAAAGAACUUCGCAACAGAGCAGAUGAGACUGCUCGUACCAUGCAAGUUUACACCCAUGAGGGAUUGGAGCCACCAUCUCAUCUUCCUCGGCACUAUGAACAUCUCCUUAUUACUAUAGCUAAGUUGUACAGGUGCACCCACACCACUGAGCGUUUGAACUUGGAUUUAGUAUUGGAUUAUUGGAAUUCAUCUGUUGUCUUGCCUCCAACUUCAGCUGGAUCCACAUCAUACCACUUUCACUCAUCAUCCAGACAGACAUCUCUGUCCAAGUUUGUAAGUGGGUGUGCUGAUCUGUUGCCACCAUUACUCUUUGUGCCAUACAUGAAGAUGUUGUGCAGCCUCGCAUCACACCCACAGGCUGCUCGGCAUGCUUUCAAUCUGCUGAAGCAAAAUGUUCUAGGAAAUUCGGUGAAUGUCUCUUGGGAUCAUUUCUUCCAGUCACUGAACAGGUAUUACAGUAAUUUACGUCAGGAGCUGCCCCCAGCUACAGACACUGUGUACAGACAUAGGAACUACCCACGAGGCAUCACUCCUCAGGAGAUCCAGGGUCUUCAGGCUGUCUUGGCAGUGGUCCGGGCUGUAGCAGAAAACGAUGAGAUGGCUCGUGUUGCACUGUGUGACAACCCAAACUGGGCCCCUCUCACUGUUCUGUUAGGCUUGGUCAGCUGCUCUGUUCCCAUUCCACUGAAGGCAGAGUUGCUCCUAACACUUGCAGCUCUUUCCAGAGCUGCAAGCACUGCUGCAACCUUGUGGCACAACCUAGAGGCAUCACAGAUACUAACUACAGUGCCAAGCACAAGUAGCUAUCAACCACGGGGUAUUCAGACAGAGUUGGAAGAGGUCGAAUCCCGCAAUGAGGAGUUCCCCCUCACCAGGGCCUUGUUGCAUCUGCUAGAUGUACUGACAGAUGUUCCAGUUCCAAGGUUAUUGGGUGUAGGCACCCGAACACCAGGCUUUGACCCAUACCUGAACUUUGUCAUCAACUCUGUUUUUCUCCGUUUUAACACACGUUCGUAUAAGAACCCAGAUGAGAAGUGGGUUGUUGCUAAAAGCUGCCUCAGGCUGAUGGCCAAGUUCCUGUCACAGUAUGAGCCCCGAGCUGAGGAUUUUGUGGGCAGUCGCGUAGAGCUGCAGAGUGGUGGUACUGCUCAAGUGAAUCCUCACCCAGGUUACCAUAUUAUGGUCCAUCUUAACAACAAGUCAGAACUGCUGAGACUGGUGCUGUUCCUGGUGGAUGAGGGAAGUCACCUUUUGGACACAUAUUCAAUAUUUCCUGGUAAAGAGUCACUGGAGGACAGCAUGCUUAGCUGCCUGGAUUUGCUGGACAGAGCCUUAGCACAUCAGCAGAAGUUCUUCAGCUUUUUAAGUAAAUCAGGUUGCUCACUGCUUCUUUCCGGACUCAACAAACUUCUUCUUGGUGUCAAUCCUCGUAGUGGCAAACCAGAUCACCUUCUGAAUGUGGCAAAAUAUGUAACAUACAAUGCAUGGCUCCCUCGUCAUGCACUGUCUGCAGUAAGGAUACUGCUGGCUGUUACCAUGUACCCUACAUCACACAGCCAGCUUAUUAGUGCAUUCACCUCAUCUCCACUAAACAGGAUGGAGAUUUGUCAUGGCUUUGUAGAAUGCCUUGAAGCAGAUGAUGAUGAAGUUAUUUCUGGAGAUGACAUUGAAGGAGAGGAAACAGGUGUUGUGGGAAAGACGAAGGAAGCCAUUCUGAAACUCCUACAGCAGUGCUUGGGCCAUGCUUCUCCAAACCUUGCACACUAUCUGUUUGGCUUUGAACUUAGCAAGGACAUCAGGAAAACGACAUUUCAGCAAGCUGGUGUCAUGGGAUUCCCUCGAACAUGCCUUCACUCUUUGCUCACCAUCUUGGAUUCAUCAAUUACUGCACAAUCUGUACCAUUUGCACCAACUCCUAAACCCCGACUGUUGGACUCUGCUUAUUGCAUGUUAUAUUCACUCUGUGCGGACCCCAAAACUUCAGAACCUGUUCUGCGAUUUUUACGUUCUUGCAAUGACUUCCUUGCCCGGCACUUGGCAAGCCUUCCAUUCACCAGUGAAUCACACCGAUCUUCAGAGUUGAACCAGAUGGCCUGGCUGCUGAAAACAGUGGCUGUUGAGUUGAAAGUAACAGCUACUCAUAUGCAUCACUCUCAGCUGGGAAACCUCGUGAACCUGUUGGUACGGGAGCAAGGUGAAGAGAUGGUGGCUGUCUCUGUAGAGGAGAAUGCACCAUCAGAAGUGACAGAGAUGGCUACCAUCAUGCAGCUUAGCCACUACUUAGCAACACCCAGCACAUUUGCAAGUGCAGCUCGUCAUCGUGAUCCACUUAUACUAAGACUGCUUCUCUUCCUUGAUUUCUCUCUGGAAAGUAUGACAGUGCCCAACUGGGAAUUCUUUGAACCUUCCCAGGUGGAACAGGUUCUGGUACAGUGUGAGAUGUCAGUUAUGGGGAGUGGAUUGAAGUUAAUAGAUGUAAAGAAAUUGCACCAUAUCCUCAUGCAGGAACUGGCAGCCAUACAGGGUAGCUCAACUGCUGGUCAGAGACAGCUCAUACUGCAGGAGAUUCAGGCUAUAUUGAUGUAUGCUCUGAAGCACAAUGUCCAUCGUUCUCGUAUUGGAUCCACGGUACGCUAUAUGGAUGCAUGGCGUCAAGUGUGUGAGGUUCUGUUUGCUGUUACUCCACCUGAGGUUCUUCCAUUUGAGUUACGCAAGCAGCUGCUUUUGGAGACCGUUCACUUGCUGCUGAGGAAGGUACUGCUGCAAGAUGCAUUGUCUGAGUUGGCAAGCUUGGCAUCAGGUGUGGUUUUGCUUCUCCUGGUAAACCUUCGCCAUUGCUUAAUGCUGAAGCAAAAGGAAGCAGCGUUUGGACCAGUGAAGGACCAUGUUGUUAGUAGCAGUUCAGGUCUGCCAGAUGGUUUUGGCACUUACAACAUGCCAACACUUCAAGCCAACUCAGCAACACUAAAAGUGAUCCUAUCUAGCAUUGUUGAAUGGAUAUUGAAAUCAGGUAUUGCAUCACAACAGCUGCGAGCAAAUCUUUAUGGUGCACUUCUCAACUUCCUGCAUAUUGCUCGUGUUGGUGGAUCACUAAUGCCAGAUGUGCCUGGUGAGAAUCUCAACAACACGGAGAGCCUGUAUGUGAGUCGGCUGGACAGCUCACGGUAUCGGGCUGGUAUUGCUGAGCAACGUAGUCAGUACCAAUCUAGUCUCGAGGUCAUUGUUGCAUUUGGUGAGGGACUAGUUGAUGUUCUGUGCCAUGAUUGCACAGGUGGCCAUGAUGUGUGUAAGAUGUUGGCUCUGUCUUGUCUGGAUAAGCUUAUAGAGCUAGAUCCCCACACCAGUUGGGUUUCAUUCCUGUCAUCACAUGGCUACCUCAAGCAUCUCAUUGACAGCUUGCUAUAUUCUGAGGAGAAACUACUUUCAGUACUCGAAACAAUUCCUACUACACUUCGUCCACUCUACCUGUAUGAAUCUAAAAUGGCAUUGCUGUGUCGCAUUGCAUCCACCCGUUCUGGAGCUGAGCUGUUGCUAGAGCAGGGCACAUUUUCUGCCCUUUCUUCGAUGACAGUGUUUGACUGCCACCCAGAUAUUGUCAGAUCAAAUUUGCUUGUAGAACUGGAUUUUGUCCCUUCUGUUAGUGCUCGAUACCUGCAGAUAUUGUUCCCAGCCCUGGAUUUAUGUGAUGCCAUUCUUACUUCACUUGGCACUGACAAUCAGUCUUCCACAGUACAGAUUCUUCAUUUCCUGCUGAACCAUAGUGAGAUGGUUACGAUGGUGUUGAGAGCUGGCAGUCCAUACAUGCAGAUUGGGCAUCUUAAGGAACUGGCACGCCUCACAGGAGUCAUAGCCCGUUCGGCUUAUCUAGACAUGUAUCAUGUCAGAGCAAGUGAAUCCCGAAUGGAAACUUCAUCUUAUCUUCAUCGUAUCCAGAAGUUGAUGUUGGCACUCCUAUCCCGUUUUGUAGCCUCUGAAGCAUUGUUGCGAGAACUGACAGGUUCAGCAGAUGUAUCAACUGCUAGGACUCCAGCAGCCAGUGGACCUGAUGCACAGCAGACGGACACUAUGGCUGGUAAAGACAAGAUGGAAGCUGUGCUACGAUUUUUUCAGGUGGCCUGCCACCUGGUCCUGUAUGCGCGUAACAUUGUUGCUAGUCGUGAAGCAGAUCAUCGUGCCUCCACUGUUAUUUUUAAGGCAUCCCUUGCAGAACCGGGUAUGACCACAGAGCGAAGAAUGAGAGAGGGUCACAUGGAAGAGAGCACAGUGCCAAACUUGGGAGUGAUGGUGCAGCAACUUGUUCGGUGUGUGGAGCAUCAUCACCUUGAGAAGGCUGCUCUUGACCUUCUGUCUCGUAAGUUGGCGUCCGUCCCAAAUAUGAACAGUACUGAGCUCAAGGAGUUCCUUCCAGAGGGAUCUGCUAACACUGGAAAUGUGGCUGAAAACCGAUCCUUAGCUUCUCAACAUCUGGCACUCCAACUGAAUCUCAAACGUCAGGAGUUGCGGUAUUGCUCUUUCCUCAUUGAAAACUGCCUCUAUCUAGUAUGGUGUCAUCUGGACUACUACAUGUUACGUUCUCUGCCCCGUGGUUUUCCUCAAGUAGUACCCUCACCUGUUCUAACUCAAGGAACUUCAGAAUCAAUGUGGCUUGUAUCACCACAAGAAAUAAGCCAAUUGAAACAAGGUCUGAUAUCCAUCUUCAAUGACAGUUUCAGCAGGAAGUUGAUUGACACAAAACAGGAUCAGCCUGCUUCUGACAGAGGGUUUAUUGAGGCUCUCCUCCGAAGAAUAAAGAGACUUAUACAGUUUGUUCCAGUCAAGUAGAAAAUGGACCCUUACCUUGAAGGACAUCUUGAAAUGUGGUGUUCUUUAUUUGGGGACAUUUUGUCCGAGUUUUGUAACAGGCACUCUUCUGUAAAUGGUGACAUUAUGCAGUGUGCUAAAAUUUCAUAUUCACUGAUGCCAACCCACAAAAUUCAUGAUUUUUAGUCAAACAUGUCGUAUGUUUUGUGUUUACUUUUGUGGUAUAUGUGCAAGGAAAGACACCUGGCAAAAGAAACGAUGUUUGGGGACGAUGAAGAAAGCCGUCUUCUGGAAUGCGGCACUGUGUAGAAAUUUCUACACGGCGCCACAUCCCAGAAGACAGCUUUCUUCAUUGUCACUGCUGUGAAAACCUCAAAUUUUACGAUGUUUGGGACGUUCAUAGUGUUUCUGUGGAUAUGUGGGUGCUGUUUCCUUCUGAACGUAAUUCCGAGAGGUAAUAUAGAAUAUGUAUUUUUUACUUUUAAUGUGGCCAGGUUUUUUGUAUGCAUAUGUAUGUAUAUAUUAAUUAAAUCUGGGAAGACACUGCAUCUAGAGAGCCACAUAAUAAAAUGGAUGCGGAAAUUGCAUUUGCAAAUGAUGGCCUAGAGAGGUUGGCACUUGUUUGCAACAAGUUCCUUGUAUUGACCACUUGUUAUUAAUGUUUAUUUGAAACUGUUACAGUGAGACAAGAAUACAAUGUAAUUGUCAAUAACAGUGGCAUUAUUCUAUAUCAGAAUUGAUAAUGUAUUGUUGUGAUGAAAGUGUGGAAUUCUGGAUAUCUAGUUGCUUGCUAAACUAAGCACAUUGCAUAUAUUAGAUGCGUCAUCAUCCAGCUUCUUUUCAAAACACACAAAGUCAUCAUCUCCUGUUCCCAAAACACUUAAGUUCAUUAAAUAUGUUGUCAUCCCACCAUUCCAUAGCACUUAAGAUCAUCAGACAUGUCAUCAUCCCACUUUCUUUCUGUAACACUUGAGGUUCAAGUUACUGCGCAGGUUCUGCUGAAAAGAAAAUUAAAAUUUAAACUAGAUUAUGGUA